AUGAGUUCCGACGUUCUUCCUGUAGUUGCCGCCGGUAUUGGCGGUUUGUUAGGUACUAUGUACCUUGAUGCCAAAUUGUUGCUUGGUAAGGAUCUCCAUCAAUUGAGAUCAGGUGCGGCUGCUACUAUUGCGCACAAAAUUUGGGCAUUUCAGGACAAACUUCAUUUUUACUAUCGAUUCAGAGAGAAGGCAAAGGCAAACCCCAAUAAAAUCUUUGUCCUCUUUGAAGGAAGAGAAUACACAUUUCGUCAAAUUGAAAAGGCAUCGAACAGAUUGGCUUAUUGGUUGCUUGCUCAAAACAUCAAGCGCAAUGACAUUGUCUGUAUGAUGCACCAAAAUCACCCUACUUUUUUCAUCACCUUGUUGGCUAUCAGUAAAAUUGGUGCCGUCCCUUCAUUGAUCAACACCAACUUGGCUGACGACUCACUCUUGCAUUGCAUCAAGAUUGCCAACACAAAACUCUUCAUUUUCGAUCCUCUCUUCGAAUCACAAGUGAGCACCAUUGCAGAAGCAACCAAAGAGCUCAAUGUUAGAUUGGUUGCAUAUGGUGAAGCUACUCAAGAAACUGAAUUGGCUCCUUUAGCUAUCGCUCCUACGCUGACACCCAGCAUUUUAUCUCGCUUCUCCGAGAAAGACACCAGUGAAGAUUAUCUCAAAGGUUUCGAAGCUAAUGACCCAGCUUAUUUAAUUUAUACCAGUGGUACUACCGGCAUGCCAAAGGCUGCUAUUAGUCAACAUGCCCGCGUCAACUUUGCUAUGGUGAUGUAUUCGAAUACCGCUGGUGUCAAGAAGGAUGAUAGAGUCUACUGUGUAUUGCCGUUAUACCAUAGUUCUGGAUUGAUUGUAUCAUCAUCCGUAUGUUUGUAUGCUGGUGGCACCAUUGUCUUGGGCCGUAAAUUCUCAGCAAGUCGUUUCUGGAAUGACUGUGUGGAUUAUAAAGUCGAUGUUUUUACCUAUAUUGGUGAAUUCUGUAGAUAUCUGCUGAGUCAGCCCCAUCACCCUCAGGAAAGAAAUCACAACGUGAAAUUGGUCUAUGGUAAUGGUAUGAGACCUGAUGUCUGGGAAAGAUUCAGAGAAAGAUUCAAUAUCCCCAAGAUCUGUGAAUUUUAUGCUGCAACAGAAGCUCCCACAAGUUUGUUCAACGUUAAUACAGGUGAAAUGGGCGCAGGUGCAGUUGGACUGCGUGGAAAACUCUUCCGUUUGCUCCGUAGCGAGGUUCAAUUGAUUAAAAUUGAUCCCAUUACUGAGGAACCUCUUCGAGACAAGAACGGAUUGUGUGUCAAGUGUAAUUUUGGCGAGCAAGGUGAAUUGAUCGUGCGUAUUGACGUAGAUGGACCCGUUUCAUUUGAUGGUUACUACAAAAAUACCGGUGCUACCAAGAAAAAGAUCUUAUCAAAUGUAUUUGUAAAGGGAGACAACUAUUUCCGCAGUGGUGAUUUGUUGAAAUUGAGUUCUGAAGGUUACUUUUACUUUGGUGACAGAGUUGGUGAUACAUUCCGUUGGAAAUCCGAGAAUGUGGCUACAACAGAAGUCGCUCAGGCUUUGGGUGUUUAUCCCGGUAUUGGCGAAGCAAAUGUAUAUGGCACCUUGGUUCCCAACCAUGACGGUCGUGCUGGUAUGGCUGCCAUUGUUCUUAAGGAAGGCUCCACAAUCGACUUUAAGGAGCUUUAUCAAUACUUGCGUAAAAAGCUGCCCAAGUAUGCCAUCCCUGUAUUCAUUCGUUUCGUUCCUGCCAUGGAGAUUACAGGUACAUUCAAGCAGCAAAAGGUCGAGUUCCGCAAUCAAGGCAUCGAUCUUGCCAAAAUUCCAGAAACUGAUCCAGUUUACUGGCUCAAUGGCGAUACAUACGUUCCUUUCACAUUGGAAGAUUAUGGCAGAGUCAACGUUGGCAAAGUUAAAUUGUAA